GGAGGCGUCGCUGAAAACAUUCACCCGUUCACCACACACACACACACACACAUCAGCAGCAACCCACUCCACAAUAAACGGAUACGGCGACAAAACAAUUGUGAUCAACUCAGUGCGCAGCGUUUAUUUAUCCAGAUCGCAAUGAAAUGAGGGGAGCAUGGGGGCCAAAGAGUCGAGGAUCGGAUUCCUGUCGUAUGACGAGGCAGUCAAGAGAGUCACUGAUGUUGAAUUGAAGCGGCUGAAAGAUGCCUUCAAGAGAACGAGCGGCCUCACCUACUACAUGACCCAGCAGUGCUUCUACAGGGAAGUGCUGGGAGAUGGAGUUCCCCCUAAAGUUGCAGAGGUGAUCUACACCUCAUUCGGAGGCUCGUCCAAAGGGCUGCACUUCAACAAUCUGAUCGUGGGUCUGGUGCUUCUGACCAGAGGACGCGAUGAGGAGAAGGCCAAGUACCUUUUCAGCCUGUUUGCCAGUGAUCUAGGUGGACAUGCAGCCAGGGAAGAUAUAGAAGCAGUUCUGCAGGUCCUGGAUGGAGAAGUCCCGACCUCCCUGAAGAAGUGCUUCAGUGAGGGCGACAAGGUGAACUAUGAGCGCUUCAGGAACUGGCUGCUACAGAACAAGGAGGCCUUCACUUUAUCCAGAUGGCUUCUGUCUGGAGGAGUGUGUGUUACGCUCACAGACGACAGCGACACGCCUACCUUCUACCAGACACUGGCUGGCGUCACACACUUGGAGGAGUCGGACAUUAUCGACUUGGAGAAGCGCUACUGGCUACUGAAAGCCCAGUCCAGAACCGGCCGCUUUGACUUGGAAACCUUUGUCCCACUGGUCUCUCCUCCCAUCCAUGCCUCACUGAGUGAAGGCUUGUUUCACGCCUUCGAUGAGAAUCGGGACAAUCACAUCGACUUUAAAGAGAUCUCCUGUGGACUCUCUGCGUGCUGCAGGGGGCCCGUCGCUGAAAGGCAGAAAUUUUGCUUCAAGGUGUUUGAUGUGGACCGUGAUGGGGUUCUGUCUCGAGAUGAACUCCAUGAAAUGGUGGUGGCUUUGCUGGAGGUGUGGAAGGACAAUCGCACGGACACACUCCCUGAACUGCACAGCAGCGUGUCAGACAUAGUAGAAGGCAUCCUAAAGAUGCACGACACAACCAAGCUGGGUCACCUGACCCUGGAAGACUACCAGAUCUGGAGUGUGAAGAGUGCUUUGGCCAAUGAGUUCCUAAACCUGCUUUUCCAGGUGUGCCACAUAGUCCUGGGGCUAAGGCCUGGUAGUCCCGAGGAGGAGGGACAAAUCAUCAGGGGUUGGUUAGAGAGGGAGAGCAGACAUGGGCUGCAGCAAAGUCAGAACUGGUUUCUCAUCUCCAUGCUGUGGUGGCAGCAGUGGAAGGACUACGUUAAAUAUGGAAUUCCCUGCUAUUGUCUCCCUGUCCAGGAGCAUAAGGGCAUCGUGGUGGAGCAGCCGUCUAUUCUGAGCUCGUUGCGAUCUCCAAUGACCACAGCCACUACAGAGCCCGCCCCACCAGACCGACUGGGAGGACUGGGAACCUUCAGCUCCGUCAGCCCCACUGAGGAGAGGUCCCCUGAUGCUGUUUCCAGUGCCUCAGAGGCCACAGAGACCGCAGCCCUGAGCCCCCAGUUAGCUCCCUCUGCUACUGAGAGCUGUUUUGCCCGUCAGCACAAUGUAUCAGACAACAAUAAUCAGUGUUUUUCUGGAGCCAACGGCCACCUUCCCUCCCAGCUGGCAGCACAAAGACCUGGAGCCAUCGAUAACCAGCCUCUGGUCAAUACCGACCCCAUGAAGGCCCCUACGUUAACCAUGGAGGGGGGCAGGCUGAAGCGCUCCUUGCAGCUGGUGCCUGGCAGAGACUUUGAGACGGUGCCAGAGCCGGUGUGGAGGGCACUCUACCAUUGGUACGGUGCCAACCUCAGCCUGCCACGACCGGUUAUCCUGGAGAGCAAGACAGGCCAAGCAGAGCUGGAGCUCUUCCCACGCUACCUCCUCUUCCUCCGCCAGCAGCCGGCCACGCGCUCCCCCCAGUCCAACAUCUGGGUCAAUAUGGGUAUGACCAGCCUGCGAAUGUUCCCACCGUAUUUACCCCCACCAAGAGCAGGUAGCGUGCCGUCCCCCAACGCUCCCCUGAAGAGGGUCUUGGCCUACACAGGCUGCUUCAGCCGCAUGGCCACCAUCAAGGACAUCCACCUCUACCUGUCCCAGAGGCUCCGCAUCAAGGAGGAGGACAUGAGACUCUGGCUCUACAACAGUGAGAAUUACCUCACCCUCCUGGACGAUGAAGAUCACACACUGGAAAGCCUGAAGAUCUAUGAUGAGCAGCAGCUUGUCAUUGAAGUCAGGAACAAAGAUAUGAGCUGGCCUGAGGAGAUGUCCUUCAUUGCCAACAGUAGUAAGAUGGACAGACACAAAGUUCCCACAGAGAAAGGCGCCACUGGCCUCAGUAACCUUGGCAACACCUGCUUCAUGAACUCUAGUAUCCAGUGUGUGAGCAACACCAAGCCUCUCACAGACUACUUCAUCUCAGGGAGACACCUCUAUGAGCUCAACAGAACAAACCCCAUCGGGAUGCGAGGUCACAUGGCCAAGUGUUAUGGUGACCUGGUGAUGGAGCUGUGGAGCGGGACACAGAAGAACCUUGCUCCACUCAAACUCAGGUGGACAAUAGCAAAGUAUGCCCCACGCUUUAAUGGAUUCCAGCAGCAGGACUCCCAGGAGCUGCUAGCCUUCCUGCUGGAUGGUCUGCAUGAAGAUCUCAACAGAGUGCAUGAGAAACCCUACGUGGAGCUGAAGGACAGCGAUAGCCGGCCUGACUGGGAGGUGGCCUCUGAGGCAUGGGAGAACCACCUCCGUAGGAACCGCUCCAUCGUGGUGGAUCUGUUCCACGGUCAGCUCAAGUCCCAGGUGAAGUGUAAGACCUGCGGACACAUCAGCGCUCGCUUCGACCCCUUCAACUUCCUGUCUCUGCCCCUGCCCAUGGACAGCUCCAUGCAUCUGGAGAUCACUGUCAUUAAACUGGACGGCUCCACACCUGUGCGCUACGGCCUGAGGUUGAAUAUGGAUGAAAAGUACACAGGCCUGAAGAAACAGCUGAGUGAGCUGUGCAGUCUGAAGCCUGAGCAAAUCCUGCUGGCUGAGGUCCAUACCUCCAACAUCAAGAACUUUCCUCAGGACAACCACAAGGUACGUCUGUCCGUUAACGGCUUCAUGUGUGCAUUUGAGAUCCCCGUGCCAGGUUCGCCGACGUCACUGAGCUCCCCCACUCUGACAGACAUCACCCCAAUAGCCAAUGGCUCUGCUGCUAAAGACAACCUGGGCAGUCAGCCUGUCCUCAUCCCCAACGGUGGGCCCGGCACCAUGGUGCCCUGUCACCCAGAGACGCCUCUCUCCAACAGGGUUGCCAAUGGACAUGUCACACCGAUGCAGGAGAGCCCCUUCAUUGGAUACAUCAUCGCCAUGCACAGAAAGAUGAUGCGUACGGAGCUGUACUUCCUGUCAUCUCAGAAGAACCGGCCCAGUCUGUUCGGCAUGCCGCUCAUAGUUCCCUGCACUGUCCACACCAGUAAGAAGGAUCUGUACGAUGCGGUGUGGAUCCAAGUGUCCCGACUGGCCAGCCCACUGCCCCCACAGGAAGCCAGCAACCACGCCCAGGACUGCGAUGAUAGUAUGGGCUACCAGUACCCCUUCACUCUACGGGUUGUGGGUCAGGAUGGCAACUCCUGUGCCUGGUGUCCUUGGUACAGGUUCUGUCGAGGCUGUGCAAUAGAGUGUACGGAGGACCGGGCCUCUGUAGGAAAUGCUUACAUAGCUGUGGACUGGGACCCCACCGCCCUGCAUCUCCGCUACCAGACCUCCCAGGAGAGGAUUGUAGAGGAGCACUGCAGUGUGGAGCAGUCCCGUCAGGCCCAGGCUGAGCCCAUCAGCUUGGACAGCUGUCUGAAGGCCUUCACCAGCGAGGAAGAGCUGGGUGAGGACGAGCUCUACUACUGCUCCAAGUGCAAGACUCACCGGCUGGCCACUAAGAAGCUGGACCUUUGGAGGCUGCCACCCAUGCUGAUUGUCCACCUGAAGCGCUUCCAGUUUGUAAAUGGCCGUUGGAUCAAAUCCCAGAAAAUUGUCAAGUUCCCGAGGGAGAAUUUCGACCCCAGCGCCUUCUUGGCUCCCAGAGACCUGGAGCAGCACUGCCUCCACUCCCGCAGUGAGAGCGAGUGUCUGCUGAGGGUCGGAGAAGACAACCUGUCUUCCAUCUCUGCCCCCGCUGGCUUCUGCAACCUUCCCAAAGCCUCCCCUGCCUCUAGCAGGAAGUCAGCGCCUUCUCUUAGCCGGACCAGCAGCCCCUCUGGAAGCCCCAAGACCGGCAGCGGAGGCCGCAGGCCAGGCCGGCUACGCCUGCCCCAGCUGGGCAGCAGACACCGCCUCUCUAACAGCAAGGAGAACCUGGACGGAGCUGCUAAUCCUGAGGCUGAGUCACGGGACGAUGCGCCACAGCCCGACACGGAGGAGAGCACAGCAUCGGCCCCUCCUGGAUCAGGAGGGGCGUUCACUUCAGAGACAUCUUCCGGCAGCGAGGCUUCCAGCAGCCACUGUGACGUGGUCCUGGUGAAUGGUGACAGCAAUGGGCUGAUUUCAGACUGCAGCACAGAGAGCAGCCUGGAGCCUGACAACCUGCUGGUCCAGCACAGAGACAACAUGUGUCUGGACGCCAUCUACAACCUCUAUGCAAUAUCAUGCCAUUCAGGAAUCAUGGGAGGAGGCCACUAUGUGACAUAUGCCAAAAACCCCAAUGAGAAAUGGUACUGUUACAAUGACAGCAGCUGUAAGGAAGUGCGCUCUGAGGAGAUCGACGCUGACUCGGCCUAUAUCCUCUUCUACGAGCAGCAGGGAGUGGACUACUCCCAGUUCUUGCCAAAGAUCGAUGGAAAGAAGAUGGCUGACACCAGUAGCAUGGAUGAAGACUUUGAGUCCGACUACAAGAAAUACUGUGUCCUCCAGUGAUGGCCCUCAUCUUCCGUCAGCCAGCACUACUCCUGCUCUGAGCAGGAAGCAGCAGACGUUCAGACCACUCUGAAGGAUUCAGAUAAACUGCCAAUGACUAGAGUCGGACUGGUCCCUGCCCUUAGACAUGCGUCGCAGCACUUUCUACUCUUGAUCGCAUAUUUUAGUGCAGAGGUUUGCCAAGACAGCAA